AUAAUAUUGGAAACAAGUCUGCGAACACAUUCACACUUGUUUCCAAUAUACGGAGUAGUACAUUACAGCUAUAUUACAACCUAAAAAUAUAUAUUUCAAGAAAAAAACUCUCUCUUGCAGCUCUGUCCCAGCUCUUACUAUAUAUAAACCAGCCUUCACUUACAAAAAAAACCAAUUCUCUCUCUCUGAUCUCUUCUCUUCACUAAAAAAAUAGUACUUCAUCAUUUCUCAACAUCUCUGUAUAAACACACAUCUUUAUAAUUUACAACAACUACACUGCGUAUCAGCGUUUGUUGAAGUUACUACAACUGCCUACAAAACACAGAGCAAAAACAAGUGGAAGAAAACUUCAAGAAAAGGCAUUUUUCAUACAUUAACAAUGUCUUUAGAGCUACCAAAUUAUUCAGAAACUGAAUCUAUGUGCAACUCUUCAUGUUCACCUUCAUCUGUUAUUCUUCAUCAUCCACUUCCACAAAGCAACUCAAAAAAUCGACUCAAAAGAUGUCGUGGAGAUGAACAAGAAGAAAACAACGAUGAUGGCAAUAUAGUAAAUUGCAAGAAAAAUAGUGGCAAAACUAAUAGUAAUGAUGGGAAACAUCCAUCUUACGUUGGCGUUAGAAAACGCGCGUGGGGUAAAUGGGUGUCUGAAAUUCGUGAACCAAAGAAGAAAUCUCGUAUUUGGUUAGGCACUUUCGCCACGCCCGAAAUGGCGGCGCGUGCACACGACGUUGCUGCUAUGUCUAUUAAAGGAAACUCAGCUAUACUUAAUUUCCCACAAUUUGCUGAUUUAUUGCCAAGACCUGUCACGUGCUCCCCACGUGACGUUCAAGCUGCUGCUGUUAAAGCUGCUCAUAUGGAACAUCUCAUCCCAAACUCAUCGGAAUCUUCGCCAGACGUGUCGAUGACGUCAUCAUCGUCGUCGUUGGUUUCGGGCAUUACCUCGUCCCACGGCGACGAGGAGUCGACACUGCAGCCAGAGGAGUUGACGGGGCCGCAGGUUACUGCAGCGCCGCAGCAGGAGGAGCUGAGCGAGAUAGUGGAGCUACCAAGACUCGGUACUAGUUACGACUCAGUUGAGUCAACUCAGGAAGUGCUGAGUUUGUUCGAGUCAGAUGGAUGGUGGGACUAUGGAAAUUGUGAAUAUUUUUUUGGUGAAGAGAAUAAUAUUAGUAGUAUGGGAUUUACAGGAUUAGAAGCUGUGGUAUCAAGCAGUUUUGAGAGUUUUUUAUGGCAACAUUAGAAUAAAAAAUGGUGUGUUCUUUUCUUUUUUGCUAAUCUUAUUUUUAUUUUAAUUAGUUUAUACUUUUGCUUUGAUUUAGGUAUACUAUAGAUCAAAGGGAUGAACUUUAUACGUUUCUUGCAUCUCAAGCAGUACUUUUUGCCAGUUUGCUAUGGCAUUUUACAGCUAUUGAUAUUCUUUAUGAUAUGGUGAAAAAGACUAUUGGAUAA